CGCCGCGACGCAAACAACAAAGUCUCGCUCGCGCGCACUGGCGUCUGGCACGCACACGUUAAUACCUACUACUUAUACCUGCAAAGUGUAUAAAGAGAGAGAAGGUAUCGUCGCCGCUGCCGCCGCUGGCCGCGAAGACAACGGGUAAAUCGGCCGAGAAAGAGGAGAGUGCGAGAGAAAGACAGCUGUAAAAGCUGCGAGAAGAGGAGCAAAAAAAAGGCGCCGUGUACAGGCGGCGCAGUCAGUGGACCAGGUGACCCGUGCCCGGGAGUGUGAGACGUGCUACGACGUUCAGUACCUAAGUACAUUGUGCAGCUACAGCAGUGAGAGAGAUCAGAGCGUGUAACGUUAUACAGCCAAAUCGCGUCGAGAGGGAGAAAGCCGCGAGCAGCAGCAGCAGCGUUACCCUGUGCACACACAUGCCCAGCACCGUGUGCGCCAUUUUCUAUUUUCGCAUAGGCCUGCAGCAACAACAGCAUCGGCAGCGGUCAGUUUGCUGAGAAGGUUCAGGCUGUCGUACGCUAUAUUACAACUUGUUACAACGUCGCGGCCCAACACCACACGUGUGCAGGACGACGUCGAACUAAACAGCAGCAGCGUCGCCAGGAUCACCAGGGAAAAGAGUGAGAGAGAGAGAGAGAGAGAGAACAUCAGCAGCCGAUGAGUCCCGGCUGCUGUCGAGCUGUGUGCGACCUGCUCUCCGCCUAUUGCAGCAACACCUACACCACCUAACCGCAGGAGUUCGACGCGCUCACCUGACCGGGAAGGCUCCUCGAACCUUCCAGACACACCAUCCUCGUCGGCCAGCUUUAUCUGUCUCUCUUUAUUCCGCACACACGCAUAUAAGCGAGCUUACACGUACUACAGCCUUUUCUCUCUCUCUCUCUCCCUUUCUCACUUACUCUCGCGGGCGCGCGCGCAUAUCGUGCGUACGUUAUUCGUUCGUUGUACGUGUCGCGAGAGAUCUCUCUGUGCGCGAAACUGCUGUGAGCUUAUGUGCGUUUCUCUCCUCCAGUGUGUGGCACGUAAACACUCAUCUCUUCCGAUCCUCUCUCUCGACGAGCCUCAACUUUUUUUCGCCUCUCGCCACCGCCGCAGCUGGGACAGAGCGAGAGAGUUGAGAGAGAUUGAGAACGCGAGUCGACGAGUUGAAGAGCAGCGACACGGUUUUUCGUUUUUACCCCCGUCGUGUGCCGAGCAAGAUACGAGAGCGAAAAAAUAAAACGAGUCUGUGAUAUUAAACAGUACAUAAGGUAUACAUUAUAUGAAAUCAGUGCUAGUGCCGGAGAGCUCGUUUGGUCGAGUGAAGGAGAGUUUGCUGACUGCUGAUAUUGAGGGCUCCUUGGAAGACGCAGGCCUGGAGUCGGAGAUAGAGAGAACCAUGUCCACCAGUUCCACAUCCAGCGACAAGAUUGCGCCCGACCCCAAGGAUGAGCCAGAAGCUGAAGCUGAAGCUGAAGGAGAUGAGGCGAUUAUUUCGAUGUCGAUCGCCGGAGAGGUGACCGACACUUCCAUCGUAGAGAUCGGUCGUUCGAGGCCUCAGUAUCAAUAUUCCAGGGAGGAGCUAAUGAAAAUUAAGGUGCUCCCAUUGUCGAAGCGGAAACCCGACUGUCUCGAUUCUGCCUACAACAACUCUCGCGGCGUCUGGGACCCGGAACGCUGGCAUCUGGACCGCAAGCGUAGCGACACCCCGGACGAAGAGCCGCGUAGCCGAGAACAGCCCUCUCGUUCAGGCGGAGGUUCUGCUAGCGCCGAUACCUCGGCCAGUGAGGGCAAUGUCUCGGCUAAGAGGCGCAGCGGAGGCGGAGGCGACCCGCGCGAGCGCAUACGCAAGGAGCAGGAUGGCAUCGUCCUUAGCCCUCAACGGCGAAGCUUCAUCUCCGGCUGCUUCGUCAACGUCACCGAACCACCUAACAAGCGGCCCGUCAGCCCCAUUGGAAAGACUGAGAUAUCCCACCGAGACUCACGCCGCAUCGGCAGCGGUCGCAUCCUAACUCGCGAACGCGACAUGUGGGACUUCCGACCCGAGAACGACAAGCACGACUCGGACUACAGCUUCAGGUCGGGCAGCGAUCGCGACCGAGACCGGGACCGUGACCGCGAUCGUGAUCGUGAUCGUGACCGUGAUCGUGACCGUGAUCGUGAUCGUGACCGCGAUCGGCCGUCCGGUUCUCUCCGAGACCGCGACAGGGACAGGGAUAGGGACCGCGGAGACCGUGACCGUGACCGUGACCGUGAUCGUGAUCGCGGUGAUCGUGAUCGUGAUCGUGAUCGCGACCGUGGCGAUCGCGACCGAGACCGCGACGACCGGCUCGACAGAUACGAGCGAAGAUCGUUUGGCAGAGACUUCGACAGGGACCGCGAUCGUGAUCGUGACAGGGAUCGUCUGGAUAGGAAUGAUCGGGAUAAGGAUCGCGGUGGCAGAGAUCGUGGAAGAAGGUACAGUAAUGACCGCAGGCGCACCUUCAGCGAUAACCGCGAGGUUGAAGAGCCUGAGUGGUUCAGCUCAGGCCCGACCUCGCAGCACGAUACGAUCGAGCUUCGCGGUUUCGAGGACAUACCUGAAGACAAGGCAACUGGCCCGGGUGGCUCUGGCAAGACCAAGAAGCAGUCUCCUGCUCAGAAGAAGCGCAACAAGAAGGCAGCCCUCGAGAAGGAGGAGAAAGCUGCUGCAGCUGCGGCUGCGGCUGCGGCUGCCGCUGCUGCUGCUUCUACCGCGCCACCUUCUGAUAAGCUUCACGCCGUUGGUGGUCCAAAAGGUCGCAGUACACCGACAUCAAUGGAUCAUCCGAUCACGGCUGUGGCGCCUCACUCGCCUAUAUCCGAGCAAAAUGAAUUGCAGUCGCCAGUGCCUAAGGAAAAGUCGAGCGACGUCAGCAAGAUCACCGAGCCAUCAAACGCUUCCGACGAACAAUCCAAUGCCAAUAAUAACAAAAAGAAGAACGAUCAUUCGGACUUCAAUCUUGACGAGUUCCUUAAAUCCGACAACUUCCCUGGAGUUCCUGGUCUUCUGACCAAUGGUGUGGGCACGAACGGUGGUUCUGGCUCGCGCUUCAGUCAGUGGUUUAAGCGCGAGAGUCCUCCGAGCCAGCAGCAACAACAUCAACAAAAUCAGCAGGAUUCUAUGAGGUGUUCCAUCCAAGAUGAACUGCUGAAUAAUCUGCUGAACGACAUAUCCGAGCCGAAAAUCCAUAUUCCUUCUGUUAGCGAAUCCAAUGCGUUCUUUGCGCCAAUUUCGCCUGCAGCUAAUACACCGAACAACGCGAUGCCACCUCAGUCAGGUUCCAGCACGGGCAUCAAGUUACUGGAGAUGCUGCAACGCAAGCCUCCUCCACCGCCUAGUCAAAAUGGGCAGGGUGAUGUUAUGAAUACUAUUCUUCCGAUGAUGAAGAACGCGUCUAUCAAAGAGAUGGGUGGUGGAAAGGUAGUUAGUUUAGAAGAGUUGGAAGCUCGUAUGCGUGGUGGUGCACCGCCGACUAUGCCGCAGCAUGAAGCUCCCAAACAGAACAAAUCCGAGGAUCUUUCUGCUUUCAAAAAGCUGCUUGCACAAGUUAGUGGUGGACAAGCAGUACCUGCAGCCAACGGACCUAUUCCACAAAAUAAGCCUCCUAUGCCGCCACAGCAAACACUCCAGCAACCUAUCACACUAAUGCAGCUGUUGAACUCACAGGCACUGAAGAGCCAGCAAAUGCAGGCGCAACACGGCCCGCCCUCUCAAAACCACCCUCCAGCCGAGCCGAUGAUUCCUCCUACCUUUAAUCACGUGGGUCCUCUUGGACCUGUUCAGCACCCACAUCAAUCUCAAAUGCAACACGAGAACCUUAUGAAGGUUCUCCAGAUUCAACAGCAACAACAGCAGCAGAAGCAACGUCAACAGUCGGAAAUGUUAUCCAUGAUGAUGGGAGGUGGUCCUCAGCCAUCGCCACAACAGCAGCAACCGCAGCCCCAGACACUUCAACGCAUGAUGGGCGUCAGUCCAAUACCCGCAGAUGUGCAAAUGAUGGUUAACAAUGCGCCUUCGACCAGGGACUUGCUACAAAGACCCGAGGCUGAAGCCAUCAUCAGGGGACUGCAGCAGGGAGACAUUACCAAGCAGCAUCUUAUCCAGCAAUUGCAGAAUCCUGCAAUGCAACAUCGUCACCGAGAAGUUUUAGUUAGCAUUCUAAAGUUCCACGGCGGUACAACUCCGCGCGCUGUUAGUCCGCAUACGAAUGCUCCGACUUCGCAGGAUCACUUAAUGCAGCAGUUGUACCACCAACAGCAGCAGCAACAAAGAAUACCGUCGCCCAUGAAUAAUAUGAUGGGCCAUCGAGUUCCAUCUCCGCGUGAACUUGCAGUCCAUACGCAGAGCAUAAUUCAGAAGGCUCUCUUGAACAAGAAGAAGAUGGAAGAGCAGCGAGAAAAUUAUCGUAAACGGCAGGAGCAUCAGCAACAACAGCGCGCUACUACCCCCGUCAACUCUCCAGCAAAGCAGACGCACAGUCCGACACCACUGGCAUUUACGCCGACUUCCGUCCUGCGCAAGAUGACCGCCGAGAAGGAACCUGAGGUGGGUGGCCAAGAGCCAGCGUCGAAGCUGCUGAUAAACCCAAGCCAGGCGGCGGCUGCGAUCGCGGCUGCCAGUCAACUUCAGCAACUGCAGCAGCAGCAACAGCAGCAGCAACAACAGCAAACGAACGUGCAAAUGCUAGCUCAGGGAGUGCUGGCCCGACAUAACGCGGCCUUGCGCACUCAACAGCAGCAGCAGCAACAACAGCAAGUCCAAGCUUCCUGGUCGAAUCCUCCUCCCGUCAAGCAGCAUCCCGGUCGACCGAUUGUUAAGGGUGGCGGAGGCAAUCCUCCACCGCAGCAGCAACAGCAACCACAGCAGUUUCCUCAGCACUUCAGCAGCAACAUCGACUACCAACAGCAGCAGCAACAACAGCAGCAACAGCGAAUCGGUACCGGUAUCUACGGUAGCAACGCCACGCGCUCGAAGCACACGCUGCCUGGCCAGAACGUCGGUCUUCAGAACAUCCCCCCACAGUUUAGUCAACAACAGCCGCAGUCCGCGAACGCGAUGAUGGCUGGACACAGGCAGCAACAAGCCGACCCGCUCAAGCAAAUGCGACACCCGAAUAUCUUCCAAGAAGAGCUAACCCUCCAGCAACAGAUGCGGUCUGUCAACUCGCCGCAAACGCUUAAUCAGGCCUUUAAUUCCGCGAGGAAUGAUGCGCGUGCUAUGCGUCCGCAGCAGUUGAACAUGACUGUUGGUGGCCGCAGCCAAAAUUCACCUGGUCUCGGUGGUUUCAUGGGUGGUGGCAAUGGCGGUGACCUUUCGCCCACUUCCAAUCAGUUGGCUCGUUGGUUCAGUCCAGAGCUGCUGGCCCAAGCCCGCGCUGGCAAGUUACCCGACCUUGGUCAAACAAACGUCGUUUCUUUAGAGGAACUUGAGAGACUGCAGCAUGCCUCCACGACCGUACACAACUGAGCAGAUUGAGAUAAACAAAGAGAUUGAGAUUUAUUUAAUACCGAUAUUAAAGUCAGCUGUGUUUUAAGUGCGUGAGAGUGAAUCGAUAGCAGAGAGGAGGAAGUACAUAGAAAAGGUAGGACCGGAUCAUGAGAGAAGUAACGACUAAAGAUAAGUCCUUGACAUGAACAUCCCUAUUUAGAUCAUUGUCAACGUUUACUCUUCUUUUAAGUUUAGUAUCUAUUGUAAAAGACACAGUUGCAUGUGAUUGUUUGAUAUUUUUCGCAACGUUAUGAAUAGGGUAUCGAGAGUCUCAUUAGUAUAUUAACAGAAUCGAAUAUUUUUCGUGUAACGAAUAAUCCUAUAUUAGGUAUUGAAUGGAUCAAAUCCUAUGCAAACUAACAAAAUUUGUAUGAUAAUCUUACUACCCUUUGAGACUUUAAUCAAAAAGUAUCUAUUGAUAAGUGUGCCGAAAGACAUAUGAAUAUAUGAACGUAUUCAACCUUAAUUUUUACAAAAUAUAUUAAAGUGAAUCCGUACUUCAAACGUUCUUAUCAAUUCAUGCAUUUUCGUACUCAUAAGUAUAGGUUUAAUAUUUCAAAAAAGUUUAUAAAUAAUGCAUUUUUUAAUGUAUAACUUGGAUGAUUGUAAAACAUCUCAGGUUCUUUUAAACAGAUGCCACUUUAUUUUUAGAUUGUAAACAUACAGUUUUUGUGCCAAAGGCGUUUAAGAAUAAGUUUUCUCAUUUUCAUAGCAGUGCGAAAAAAUAUUUAUCCACAGUGACAUGCAAUUGUUUUUUGUAGAUACGAUCUGUUCUUAUAUCUCGACAAUUCCUUCUGUCAGGAAAACUAAUGUUCAUGAAUUUUUAAUUACAAACUCAUAACCAAUUUGAUGUAGGAUUCUUUUAUUAGCACGCAAAAGUUCAUUUUGGUUAGGAUUCAUUUAAUUUGUACGUCAAAUAAAAACAAAAAGGUUCGUCUGAACAAAAAAUGUUGCAUUAAUAAAUGGUGGGUUAUGAAACGGCAUCUCGAAUACUGGAAUAAUUAAUUAUGUAGGACUGUAAUAAUUUUUUUAAUAGACAUUAACAUAUAUUAAGGACAUCUAUAUGUCAAAGUAUGGAUAUCCAUAGGGUCAUUGCCGGCCUCGAUUUGUCUGACCAAAUGCAUUUCUGCUAAAAAGAACUUAGCUAGAGUACUUUUCAACAAAACUAUAUGUAAAAUAUUCAUUAAACUUUGCAUCAAUAGCUGUUGUAAAAUAAGCGUCUCAAUAAAUGAAGAGUCGAUGAAUUUAGAAAUCGGAAAAGGUUUUAUGAUAGGGUUUGUUAAAAUUAUCAACAGUCGCGUAAUUUAUUAUUAAGUAUAUCUGAUGAUAGAUAUUAUUAACGACACGAACAUUUAAAAAAUUCAUGAAAAAUAAACCACUUUACAUAAAUUCAUUACAUUCUCGCAUAUUUUUCACUGUCCACAUUGUACAUUGUGCAAAAUAUUGCAACAUUUUAUUUAUUUUGACAUCUAAAAUUGAAUUCAUUGAUAACUAACACAAACAUGAACAAAAAAGUGCUACAUCAUUGGUGUGCAACAUGAAAUAAUACUCUUUCUGCACAUAAAUUGAAUUCAGUAAACAAUGGAAUACAUUUGUUUAUCGUAAUACAUUUGAUUGAAUAUUAAGAAUUCUUUCCAUACCAGAUAGAACUGAAGAGAUUGAGUAAUCGAAAGCUACGGCGAAUUUUUCUAAGUAUUGCAGUAUGGCUGUGUAAUGUUUCGGUACUUUUAAUGGAGAAAUAAAAAUACAUGUAAUUUCAAUGACGAGUGAAGAAAAAUAAGCUAUGAGCUAUUACGGUACUGCCUUUUUUAAUUCCUUGCUGGCCGAAAUGAUACUGAAAACCCACUAAAACUUGAACGCCUGAUUUUUCUCUUUGUUGAGAACUAGAGCAACAAACUGGAAAAAUUGUUCAAAAGCUCACAAAAAGAUCUUAUGAGAUAAAUGAAAAGACUUAUGAGUGUUUCUCUGAUAUUUUAGAAGGUAAGAAUGUUUGUUAUAGUCUGCAAUCUUGCUUUUUAUAUUGUAUUCUUGAAAUUUAUUUUCCUAUUUAUUGAGUUCGAGUUCAUAUUAUUGUAAUGAUAAUUUUUUGCCUCAGUAGUCUACAAUUGAAACCAAUAUAAUGUAACAGUUUUAUUCGUUGACUUGAAAGCAUCCAUACCUUCUAACAAUAUCAUACAUUUCAUUCCUACUUAGGAACUGAAGAGCGACUGAAUCUGCUUGAAACUUAACAUUUGAUUAAAAAACUUUCCUUAUCUUUAGAAAGCAUAUUAUAUUAAAUAUGAGUGCUAAAGAUACAAAUAUUGAGAUAAGUUUUGGUUAUAAAUAUAAAUAUAUAUAAAUAAAAAAAGCUCAUAACAGAACAAGGAGAUGAAAGACACAAGUGCACGCUGGUGCCACUAUUAUUUGCGUUUAUGAUCGCGUGCGGCAUUGCGAUUGUUCGCAAAUAAAAGCAAACGAAAAAUUAAUGAAUAAAAAAGAAAAGUAAUCAUGAAAAAAAAUAAAGUUAGUUUUAAAUUGUCAAACUUUUGAUCAUGACAAAAAAUACAGAAAUACCAAUAAGCAAAUCAUUUUUUUUAGUUUUUUUUUUUUUGUUAGUAUAGAGAUUUUACUUCAAGUUAUCGACAAUACUGAAUGAUGCUCGCCACUUGAACGUUAUUUCGAAAAUAUUUUGCAGGAUAAACACGUGGUUUUUCCUUCACUGACUUCUAUACAAGCGGCGGCAUAGCAGAAAUAAUCAGAACUAUUGCUUGAAUAAUACACGUAGUUUGAAGAAAAAAUGACUGAUAAAUAAUUUCCGAUUUAGUAUUAUCGAUAAUUGGAACGUGGAAGGCUCUGCGCUACAGGUAUCAAAUUGAAAAAACCUGCGUAAAGAAUGCGUGAAUAUGAAAUAAAUGGAAAAAAAUGGGGAAGUUAAGAUUCAAAAUCUGAGAGUAAGCUGAGAGAUAAUGCACGUGUUUUUUUCCUUGUGUAUGACUCGUGGUCAUGUUUAAGCGAUUUUUGUAAAUAAUUCGAGGGACUCUUCGCGAACUAAUAACAAGAAACAAGAAAAAUUCAUUAGUGCUUAUACCCGAAUGUUUUGUAAAUAAAGUUAUUGAACGUAAUGUCAAGUCGAUGAUAAUCUUGUCGAAAAUAAAAGCGAAGCAAACGAACUAA